CAAGAGCUUCGUGAGGUUAUGUAGUACCGCCGUAAUGCAGGGAUGAAUAUGAAUCUUGAAUUCUGAACAAGUACUGUGUCCUGAGCACAAUGUCUAUGGAAUAUUCGACCAGUGGUCAGUCUUUUGAAGAUCUCCGACUUCACUCGCUGAGACGGACCACAACAACCAGUCUGGAUACAGAAAUCAUCCAUCGAGAACCACCGAGUACGAAGCUGAAGUUGCAGAUUUCAUCGACUGGCUACUCUCUGGGAAGCGUAUCGUGUAAUGCAGUGACCAGACCGUCCUGUUUGAAGACGAGACUCUUGGCCCAGCUUCUCUCAUCUAUUGCACCGCCAACCCUGUUGUUGUUGUUGUACAUAUUCUCCGUCCACCCGUCUGCCUCGCUUGUGGAAGGCUUCGCCUGUUCACGCAUCGCCUGUGUCGUACCUCCCCGUUUCGUGUUCGCGACCCCCUCGUUUCCCUCCGCUUCGACGUUCUGGCAGCAGGUAUCGUCAAUUGGAUCACUGCGGAACAUAUUCAUAAAGACAAUCGAUACUUAACCAAUGAAGACAGAAUGAUGGGUAUUGCUUCUAGACUAUGCAUAUAUUGGGAUCGAAGACAUAUCCUUGUACUUUGCUUUUUUCUCCUAAUCAUGGGUUCGUCGAUGUUUCGUAAGGGGGAACUACGUGAGAGAGGUGUCCAUAUUACUCUCAUGAUCCAGGCCGAUAUA